AUGAUUCCUUCUGAACUGCUUAGAGCAGAGGGAGGAGAAGAGGGAGGUUUGUAUGAGAGAGCACAGGGGGAAGAAAGAGGGUUAGGGACUCGAGGAGAAGGAAGGGGAGUUGAGGGGAAAGAGGAGACGAGGGGAGUGGGAGCACGGGGAGGGGCAGGUGGGGCAGCAGCGGGAGGCGCAGUGGGAGGAGAUGUGAAGGGUGGAGGGAGACCGAGAGGCAGGUCACAGGUCAACGUUUUUAAGAGCGAUGAGGAGCCGUCCAGCUCAUCAGAGGAGAGUGAUGACGUGGAUGAGGCGAGUGAUGACGUGGACUGGGAGAAAGCAGAGUGGAGAGGGGCGGCAGGGAGGAGAGGGGGAAGGGGAGGGAAGCCAGAUGAGUUAGGGGAUGCUGAUAGUCCUGAGGCCUCAGUAGAUAUAGACAAGCCGGUGGGCGAGGAUGGAGCAACGGCUGCUUUAGGGCAAAGAGGAUGGAGACUGACGGGCGUGUCUGCAGGGAGGGAGGAGAAGGGUGUGGGUGGGAAGGGUAUGGAUGCGCGUGAUUGUAAGGAGCGGGGCCGUAAUGGGAAACCCUGUAAAGAGAAGGAUCAAGAGUGUAACGAGGACUGUAAGGGAGGAUGUGAUAUUGAUACUUGUUGUGAGGGGAGAGACUGGGGGGGAAAGGAGUGUGAGAAUGGGUUAGGGAAGGAGUGUGGAGCGGAUGAGUACAGAGGCUUGUAUGGGCAUGGGGACUUUGGUGGGGAUGGGGAGUAUGAUGGGCAUGGGGAGUGUGAGGAGCUCGGGUGGUAUGCAGAGCAUGCAGGCGGUGAUGGUGCGGGGUGGUGGGGGCUGGACGCGUGGGAGGAGGAGCUGAGGGGCGAGGUGAUGCGGUGUGGCGGGGAGUAUGGGUGCGGAUUGUUGGAGGAGGUGAGAGGGGCGGAGGUGGGAGUGGAAGGGGAGGAGAAGGGGGUGGGGAAGGAGAAGGAGGAGAAGAGGGAUGGUGGGGAGGAUGAGGAGGAGGGGGAGGGGGUGGAAGUAGAAGAGGAGGAAGUCGAGGAGGUGAAAGAGGAGGGUAAAGACGAGCGCACGGUUCAUGUGACAGAGCCGGGGGAAUCAGGGGAAGCGAGGAAAUCAGCGGAAGCAGAGGAGCGCUUAGGGGAGCAGUGGGAGAAAAGAGGCACGGAUGGUGCAGUGUUGAAGACAUGUGAGUUGAGGGCGGGAGUUUCGGACGAGAAGGAUGAGGAGGGGGAGGAGUGGGGAUUGGCGGUGGGAAAUGAAGAGGAGAUUGAGGUGAAGGAGGAGGGUAGGGAGAAGAUGGAGGAGGAGGAGGGGUGGGAAGGGGGAAGAAGGGAAAAGGAGGAAGAGGAGGAAUGGGGCUGGGAGGAGGAGGUGAUGGUGGAUAAGGGGGGAAUGGAUGAAGCCAGUGGACGGAAGGGGAGGCGAUGGGCUCUGCGGGGGGAUACAGAUGGAGGGAAGAGCGGUGAAGAUGGAGGGAAGAGUGGUGCAUAUGGAGGGAAGAGCGGUGUAGAUGGAGCGAAGAGCGGUGCAGAUAGAGUCAAGAGGAAUGCAGAUGGAGGGAAAGGGGUUGCGAAUGUGGAUAAGAGAGAGUUGUUCCAAAACAGGGAAGGUAGCUUGGCAGACGAGUCAAAGCUGUCGACUGAUGACAGGGCUUUCGUGAAGAGACUGAAUGGGAAGAGUUUUCAGACAACUGAAAACUCUGGUGCAGGCAGAAGGAACGGGAAGCGAAUUGCUGCUGAUGUGGAUGACAAGCAGCAUGUAAAUAGAGGAGGAGGAGCCCUACCUGGCAAAAGGAUGGGUAAUGGUAUUAAUGGUAUUAUAGAGCUCGAGAAGAAGGAUAGUGAGAAGGGGGAUCUAAAGAAGAAAGAUUUUGUACAGAAGCAGGCCAAACGGGUUGCGGAGGCGGCAUAUGUGAAGAGUGUGGUGGUGAACAGUCGAGUGGGCCAGAAGGGAAGCCAGGGGGGCGAAGGGAGGGCGAGUUGUGGUGCAAAGAGAAAAGAAGCUGCACUGAAUGUGAGGAGGGAGGACUGUUUAACUAUGACCAGGGAGAAUGGGGGAGGUGGAGUGAGUGAAAGGAGGAACGCACUCACUCUGCUUCCCUUGAGGAACAGGGAAGGCUGUGAGACUGGAAGGGGCUCAUUAGCAGAAGAAAGUCCGAUCCUGCCUGUUGCUUCGAAGAAGCGGCGAGAGCAUGAGGAGGAGGAGCAGCAGCAGCAGCAGCAGCAGACUUAUCUGAAGAAGACUAAGACGAAGCAGGCAACGCUGCGACAGGCAGGAGAGGGAGGGGGGGAAGAGGAGUGCGGUAAAGGGCAGGAGAGAGAGGAGAGAAAACUGCGGGUUGGAUGCUGCGAUCAAGGGGUGGAAUACGCUGGUCAGGGUGGUGGAGUUGUUAGUACACCUAUGGCUGCCGCUGCCACUGCUGCUGCUGCGGUGGCUGCUGCCGGUGCUGCUGCGGCUGGUGCUGCUGCUGCAAAUGGCAAGGCUCACACGCAUGCUCGGGUGCAGAAGCAAAUGUCGACAUUGGGUGCAAGAACGGAAGGCGGCCGGUUCCCAGAAGUCAAGAAGAGUUGUAUUGGGUCAGAAGAUUUUAGUGAGAAGCGGAGUGGGAGUGGGAAGUGGAGUGGCAGUGGGCCACGGAAUGGAGUUCGGAGUCUGGCUGUGGAUGAGGUUGGGGAGGUUUCAGAGAGAGAUGGGGCAGCGAUGGGAAGGACGGAUGCAGGGCAGGAGAGAGAGAGGGUGAAGAAUGAGGCAGUGCAUGAUGAGGUGCAAGGAGACUGGGAAAGGAAGGGGGGAGUGGGAGAAGAAGGAACCAAGGAGGGGAGGGAGGGAAGGGAGCGGAAGGUAGGGAGGGAUGAGAGGCUGGGGAGACACAGGGAUGGGGUUGAGAAAAGGGAGGUGAGGAGAGAAAGCGAAGGAUGCGAGGAGCAGGAGUGCAAGAGAGUUAAGAGUGGGGAGGGUGGCCGGGUGGCUAGAGUGGCGAGAAGGGUUUGUGAGUCAGGGCAGAGGCCAGGAGACGCUGGGCUGGAGGGCAGUGGAGUGAAGAGAAAAGGGCUGCGUGUAGAAAGGACAGGUUCUGAUUCUGCUGAAGAGGAUACUGUAAAAGGGGAUGUAAGGGAGCUGGAUAUUCAUGUGGAGGAGAAUACCGCUAGGUUGUUGCAGUGCAGGGGGCGAGAAGGUGAUGGUGAAGAUGCAGAAACCCAGCAGGCGGAUCAUUGCCCCAUACGUCCCACUCGCUUGGUCGCAGGGGGGAGUACACUGGCAGCAGCUACGUCAAGUUGUCCCACUGGCCCUCCUGCACCUCCUCCCGUUCUCCCCAAGCCCACUGCCCUCCAGCCCAGCCUCUUCUGUGGGGGAGCCCAAGCCCAAACCCCCCCACUGUUUUCUGGAACGCCUCAAAUUCAUGCUGCUUCUGUCUCACCUCCCUUUGAGGCGUCUCAGCAGCAUGUUGCACCAAUGUUGACAUCAAUUGAGAUAUUUCCCAAGCUCUCUGCCCCUCUCCCGACCCCCUGGGGCCCUCAGCUUGUGGGGUUCGGGGCUCAGGGCGAGACAGGGGCUGGACCACACAGGGAAACGGGUGGUGUAGUAGGAGGAGGGGAGGGAGGGGAAGGAGGGGAGCGAGAAGAAGGCAAGCAACGCGGGGAUUUCAAUCACAGCAAGAGCACGGGUUCUAGAGCGCUGGCACUUAGUAAAGCGGCAGAUUUUAGCAAAAUGCAGGCCUUCAAGUCUCCGUCAACUCUCAGUCAUGGAAGAGCGGCAGUUGCUGCUCCUAUGACUGGGGAAGAAGCAAGCCAGCAGCAGAAGCAGCAGCAGGGUGCGGCAGUGGUGACGCUGGCAGCAACGAGCAGCCCAGUAGAGCCGCAUCUGCGCUACCUCUACCGCAACCUCCUUGAAGGCGCUGCCAGACACGUCCACCCCACCUUUGCUGCCAGGCCCUUGCUUCAUACCUGUGCUGGCAUGGCCUUACCUACCAACCGGCAUCUGCAGAAAGGCAUCUAUCCUCCUCGUGCUAGCCCGUGCCACCCUUUGUAUGCUGGCAGCAACGUUAUUGGUGGGGGUGGUGGCUGUGCGGGUGCAGCUGGUGCAGAGGGGCUGCUGGCGCUGGUGCGGGUGGUGCUGGACACAAAGCAUUUGGUGAAGGGGUACUGGGGGGAGGAGGGGCGCGGAGUGGGAGUGAGAGAAUCGGAUGGGUUGAUGUGUGUGGCGUUUCGAGUGGUGGUGGAGGAGAGCGAAGAGGAGGAGGAGAGGGAGGGGAGUGGGGAGAGGAAGGAAAGAGCUGGGAAGGAGAGAGAGGCUGCUGCACUGAAAGUUGAAGGAGGUGCAGGUGGAGAAUCGAUCACUGGAGUACUGGCAGAGCCUGGAACAGGCGAGAAGGCCAGUGCUGUGCAAGCAGCAGCAGUGACAACAUCACCCUCGGCCUUGGUCCGGCCGAACCUCAGCCCUUGCUGUGUUCUGCUGGUCCGAGGCUCAGGCAUGGAUGCAGGCUCGGACCUGUGCUGGGAGGGAGGGUCGGAGGGGUGGGUGGUGGAGUGCAGCUGUGGCACGAGGGAUGACGACGGCGAACAGAUGGUGGCGUGUGAUAGGUCAGUUGGGCAGAGGGUGGCGUGUGAUAGGUCAGUGGGACAGAGGGUGGCGUGUGAUAGGUCAGUGGGACAGAGGGUGGCGUGUGAUAGGUCAGUGGGACAGAGGGUGGCGUGUGAUAGGUCAGUGGGACAGAGGGUGGCGUGUGAUAGGUCAGUGGGACAGAGGGUGGCGUGUGAUAGGUCAGUGGGACAGAGGGUAGCGUGUGACAGGUCAGUGGGAGAGGUGGCAGCGUGUGAUAGGUGUGAGCUUCGCGCCUCUCGUGCUGGUUCUCCAGCCGCUGCUCUUCGACCGCCCCUUCCUCUUCCUUUCCCCCUUGCCCACCCGCUCAAUCAACUACUUACUAAUUCCUUCCUUUGCUCUUCCCUCCCCAUGCUCUUCCUCCAGCUGCUGACGUCCAUCCCCUGGGGGGUGCCGCUCGUGCUGGUUCUCCUGCCGCUGCUCUUCGACCGCCCCUUGCUCUUCCUCUCCCUCGCGGCGCUUGUGGUUCUCACUCCCACCCUCCGAAACACGCUCGGCCCGCCGUUCCUGGAGCUAGGCUCGGCACUCCUGGAGCUCUCGGUUCGGCCAAUCGUGAACGAGAAGGAGUUGCAGGGUCGGAAAGAGAGACGGCGGCAGACUCAGGAACAGCAGCAGCAGCAGCAGCAGCAGCAGGGGCAGUGGCCUCAGUUACAGAGCAGCGAUUCUCAAAGGAGAAAGGAACCACAGGUUUGGGAUGACACGCUGGGCCCAGGUUUGGGCAUUGGGAGUGGCCCAAUGCUUGGUUCGGGGGCUGCAUCGGAGGCAUGGGAGUGGGUUCGGUACCAGCUGGACGUGAUCCGAGGGGAGAUUGACCCUGGCAGUCCCGAGAGAGUGGGGAAGGAGAGCAGGGAAGGUGGUGGUGGGGGUAGGGGAUUCAGUAGCACGGAGGAGAACUGGAGAGACAGAGAGCAGUGGCCAUUGCAGCAGCAGCAGCAGCAGCAGCAGCAGCAGCAGCAGCAGCAGCAGCAGCAGCAGCAGCAGCAGCAGCAGCAGCAAUGGCAGGAAUGGGAAAGGCAGGGAGGAUCUGAACCAGAGGGCAGAGGUUACAGAAGGAGUGGGAGCUGGCAAGGAUCAGGCGAUGGGGACUGGCAGGAUGAGGGGAGAUGGCAGCAGAGCGAUGUCAGGCAGUGGGCUAGGGGUGAGGCUGUGGUGGGGGAAGAGGGUCAGUACGGGAGGGUGGAGGAGAAGCAAGAGUGGGAGAGGGGGGUGCGAAGGGGUGAUGGUACAGAGAGGGAGACGAGGUGGGAGGCGGGUUGGAGUGGUAAUGAGGAAGCACCUGGAAAGCGAUGGAGUGAGGAUGGGGGUGGUAACGGCGCGGGUGUGACAAAGAGGGAGAGGGGGAGAGAUUGGAAUGGGUGGGGAGAAGAUGAUAAGCCUAGAUCUCGCUCCUGCGUGCUUCUGCGCGAGUCAGCGAUCCGCACAGCCAUGCUUUCCGCUUUGCGACUUCCCGUCGCGCACGUCGCAUCCGUCGCAUCGGUCGCGUCUUCAGCCGUUGAUUCGUCAAAUUCCCGCCUCAGAUCAGCGUCCUUCGCGCCUCUCCGCGUCCCUUUCCCCAUUUCCCGCUCGCCGUCUCGAUCUUUCCGCGCGGAUCGGCAGUCUGUCCGCGCGAUGGCGACAGAACCAGCAUCGACCCCCGCCGCUGCGAAGACCAGCGAAAUCCUCCCUGGCGAGCCGUUACAAGAGGGUUACGAAAGGAUGGAUCCGUAUUCGCUGAUCCCGGCGCGACGGUGCGGCGUGCUGGUGCAUCCCACGUCGCUGCCCGGCCCGCACGGCACGGGCGACCUCGGUCCCGGCGCGUUCAGGUUCCUGGACUGGCUCGAAUCGACGGGAUGCACAAUUUGGCAGGUGCUGCCGCUGGUGCCACCUGGAAGGAAGUCAGGCGAAGACGGCAGUCCCUAUGCUGGCCAGGACGCCAACUGCGGCAACACGCUGCUGCUCUCCCUCGACCUGCUCGUGCAAGAUGGUCUCCUCAAGCCUGAGGACCUCCCUCCCACGCGCCCGGUAGAGAGAGUGGACUAUAAGCAAGUGAUCAGGGACAAGGACCCUGCUGUUGCCAAGGCAGCCAAGGCACUGGUGAGGAGCAAGGGAGAGCUCAAGGCGGAGUUUGACGCCUUCAGGCAAUCCCCCACCAUCUCCGCAUGGUUGGAGGAAGCAGCUCUGUUCAGUGCUAUCGACGAAGAGCAGGGCGUGGAGUUCUGGUGGCUGUGGCCCAAGGAGCUCAAAGACAGAGAGCCCAACGCCUUGGCUGCUGCAAGGGAGAGACACCAGGAAUACAUUGACGAGUUUGCGGCGCAGCAGUUUCUAUUCCAGAGGCAGUGGCAGGCGCUGCACCGGUAUGCCAACAGCAAGGGCAUCAGCAUCAUGGGGGACAUGCCCAUCUACGUGGGGGGGCACAGCGCUGACGUGUGGGCGAACCCAGAGCAAUUCAUGCUGGACCCCGAGACCCGUGAGCCCACAUUCGUGAGUGGCGUGCCGCCCGAUGCCUUCAGCGCCACGGGGCAGCUGUGGGGCAGCCCGCUGUACAACUGGCCGGCCAUGGCCAAGGAUGGCUACUCGUGGUGGGCGAAGCGCAUGCGCAGGGCGUUUGACCUGUACGAUGAGUUCCGCAUUGACCACUUCCGGGGCCUUGCGGGCUACUGGAGCAUCCCUGCCGACUCUGAGACCGCCAUGAACGGCCGCUGGAUGAUGGGGCCGCGCAAGGAGUUCUUUGAGGCGAUCCAGAAGGCCGUGGACAAGCCCAUUGACAUCGUGGCAGAGGAUUUGGGUGUGAUUACGGUGGACGUGGUUGAUCUGCGCCGUGAAAUCGGCGCUCCUGGCAUGGCGGUGCUACAGUUCGCGUUUGGCAGUGACGCCAAGAACCCUCACCUGCCGCACAACCACGAGCAGAACCAAGUGGUGUAUCCUGGCACUCACGACAACGACACGGUCGUUGGUUGGUGGGAGCGAAUUCCCGAGUGGGAGAAAAACAACGUGCGCGUGCUGCUGGGCCUGUCGCCCCAGGACGAGGACGAGAUCCAGUGGGCGAUCAUCCGGGCGGCGGUGUCGUCUGUAGCGCGCACCACCGUGAUUGCACUGCAGGACGUGAUGGGACUGGACAACAACGCGCGCAUGAAUGUGCCAGCCGUGCAGGACGUGAUGGGACUCGACAACAACGCGCGCAUGAAUGUGCCAGCCGUGCAGGACGUGAUGGGACUCGACAACAACGCGCGCAUGAAUGUGCCAGCCGUGCAGGACGUGAUGGGACUGGACAACAACGCGCGCAUGAACGUGCCGGCCGUGCAGGCGGGCCAGUGGGGGUGGAGAGCGGGGGAGGAGGGGCUGUUUGAGAGGCUUGGGGAGGAAGCGAGCAGGCUGAGAGCGAUGCUGGAGGGAUUCAACCGGGCAGCGCCUAACAGGGGAGCUCCUGCAGGGGUGGUGGAAGAGGAUGGGGCAGGCGGGGAGGCCGAAGAGGCAGGUGGGGUAGAGGAAGAUGCAGGGGGGCUGUAA